GAGCCAAGAACAAGAAGAUGGACCAGUUUAUUCGUGAAGCAUUGGAGGGUGAUUUCUUAUGUUAUGAGAAUCCUCCAGUACUCAUGAAUCCAAGUGCCUUUGUGCCUUACAGUGAUCAACGUGCUCCUCGGUUAGGCAAUAAGCCUCCUUAUCCUGGGUCUAAUUCCAUGAACGUGAGCAAGAGAAUGGUGCAGUUCUUGAGGAACAGUUGUCCUUCUUCUACGGCUAAGACCGAUGCUGGAGAGAAGGAGCACGGCAAGGAAAAGGGUUUUCGCCACAUGAUCAAUGAGCGAAUGAGGAGGGAGAAGCAGAAGCAGGGCUAUUUUGCCUUGCAUUCUCUGCUGCCGAAUGGAACCAAGAGUGAUAAGAACUGGAUUGUGCAAGUAGCGACCACGACAAUUGAGCAGCUGGAGAGACAAAAGGACGAGCUGAGAAAGCGAAACAUGGAGCUUGAAUCGAUUUUGUGCAACCAGAGAUUGGUGAAGUGGAGCAGAAUUAGACUGAGGGUAGCCAAUCCUACUUCUGGAGUUGAUUCUAUGAUGGAGGUUCUUAAGUGCUUGAAAAGUUUGGGAUUGAAGACCAGAAAUAUUCAAUCCAGUUUCUCUCCCUAUGAGUUUUCUGCAGAAGUGGAAAUUGAAUCCAAGAUCGGAGGCGCAGUGGUAGAAGCUGCAAUGCAAGAGACACUGCAUGAAGUUGAGAGGAAACUUCUAUCUUCAUUUCCUCAUUUACCUGGAAGGUAAAAGGGGAGAGGAUGUUGUUCUAGGCAGCUUCAUUGGAACCAUUUUGAAUAUUUUGGAGUUG